AAUCAUGAAUUUCUCACCGGCUGAAUACGAGGAAACUACCCUGUACCAGAAAAAAUGUGCCCACGAUAUUGUCAACUGCAUUGUCUCGCAAAACAAAGAAUACGACAUAAUUGUAGACCUCGGGUGUGGGACCGGGUAUUUAGCGGACCAGUUGUCACAAUCGGUGAAACACAAGCGCAUCGUUGGGGUCGACGUCUCGCCAGAUAUGAUAGCAUUUGCCGAACAAAACCACAAACCCAUGGAUUCC